AUGGAAUCACCUCCACAAAACUUAUUCCUAAGCAUACCUUUGAAAAAGGCAGACAAGAUAAAAUGGACUCCAGUGUUACUCGCUUAUAUCAUCAUGAGCUACGCUGAAGAAGGCAAGAAAUACGAGGCAGAUUGCGAGCUGCUGGAUUCGAUGCGAGAGCACGCUUUGAAACAAACGACAGAAGAUGCUCUUGGCCUAGAAGAUCUAUCCAUAUACUUUAAUCAACUCACAUUUCUGGGAUCUCGGUUCCCUCUCAACCUGAACUUCCAUAUUGGAUGGUUCCCAAUCUUUCGACCAAAGCAAAAACCAGAAAUCAUUAGUAAUUUGAAUUAUGAAAAAUGCUGUGUGCUAUAUAGAAUAGCAGGCAUAUACAGCGAGCUGGGCUGCUCACAAAACACCGUUUCCACCGAAGGCACACGAAGAGCAUGUCAAUAUUUCCAAAAUGCUGCUGGAUGCUUGCAAUACAUCCAAUCCGAUAUUCUGCCCGACCUUCGAGCCAAAGCACCCCAAGAUUUCGAACUUCUUGAUCCUCUUGUAUCACUCAUGAUGGCACAAGCACAUGAAUGCAUUUGGCAAAAAGCCGUGAUGGAGCAUAUGAAGCAUGGGACAGUCGCUCGUCUUGCUGUCAAAGUCGCAGAUCUAUACGAUGCAUUUCUAUCCAAUAUCCACAAAAAGAUGAUACCCGAUGAAUGGAACCGCAAUGUCGAAGCCAAAUCCAACUAUUUCCAGGCAGUGGCUCAAUACCAAAAAGCCAACGAGGCCAUUUCCAAUGGUCGAUAUGGCGAAGAAAUCGCACGCUUACGCCUAGCAAAGACAAGCAACACUGCUGCACUAUCUCAUACCAAAGCAUUGCAGCCUUCAUUUGUGGAUCAACUGACAGCACUGGAUCAAUCAAUAGACCGUGAUUUAAUUCGCGCUGAAAAGGACAAUGAUCUGGUUUAUAUGGAAACGGUACCUGAGGCAUCACAGCUGGCUCCCAUCCUGAGAUCAGACAUGGUAAAGCCCACGGUUCCCAAUUUUGUUACCCACCCCAACUACUGGCUUGUGUUAGCAGACAGACCCAAUGAUCCACUGUUUAUAAAGCGGCCGUUGUUUGACAAGCUGGUCCCAUUUGCGGUCCAUCAAGCUAUCAGCGUGUUUGCAGAUAAGAAGGAUUAUAUUGUCAAAGUGGAUAUUGUAGGGAAGAAUCAAGAAAUGAAUGCAGAUCAACAAAGAUGUUUGGAUGAGCUUAACAUUCCGUAUGCUUUAGAUGUGAUAGACGCUCUACCCGCACAGUUGAUAGAUCAUGCGGAAGAAGUACAGCACGAAGGAGGAAUACAAUCACUGCAUGACAUGCUAUACAAGAUACAAACCAUGUCUAACAAGACGCUCAAACUGAUAGAGGAUGGAUUCAAUGCUCUCGAAGAAGAAAACGAACAGGAUGCUACACUCAGCCGGCAAUACGGCAAACUAUGGAAUCGACCUCCAUCUAGAACAUUGACGCAUGAUUUACUGACGCUUGGGACUCAAUACAAUGACACAAUCCAAGCAGCACAAAAGGCAGAUCGCAUUGUGCAAGCCAAAGUCAACAAUUGGGGAAAAGCAAUUGCCAUGCUAUCUCGACCUGCUUCAGAGAUAAAAGCGCAUUUACCCAGCCUUCCCUAUGAUGACGAAUAUCACGCAGAGAUUCAUGAAUUACUAGAUCACAUACGAUCCAAAUUAGACUUGCUCAAAGCUGCUAAUGAAGAACGCACUCGGCUGGAAACAGAGGGCAAAACACUUGCUGAAAACGACGACAUUUCAAAUGUGCUAUUAUCAAAAGCCAAUGAACUCACAAAGGGGUCUCCUGUCAUCAAACUGGAGCCCGAGCAAUUUGCCAGUGUUUUUGACCAGCAUUUGCAAGCAUAUAAACGAAUUCAGGAACAAAUCCUCGCCUAUGUUGAACCCCAAAGCGAUCUGUUACAGUCAAUCACUGACUUGCAUGGCCAACUCUCGCUGCUAACAGCCAACAAGAGCCCUUUAAUCAAGAGAGAAAAGGCUAUUUCUAACCUGGAGUCUGCAUUUACCAAAUUCAAAGAAAUCAGGACCAACCUAGUAGAAGGCAUCAAGUUUUAUUCCAAUUAUACAGAUACCAUCAGUCAGUUCAGAGAUGAUUGUCUAGAGUUUGCCAUUUCGAGAAAAUUGGAGGCAACUGAGCUAUCUCGAGAUGCUAAUCCCACUCGAUUACUGUUACUAAAGAAAUAA